AUGGCUAUUGCCGAAAGAAGGGCAUCCUCUGGCAAAGGACGAGCUAGAGGACAACCUCGAAAUUGCGCGCUGGAUGGCGGCUUGAAGGACGAAGGUAUCCGAGAGGAAGAUGACCGAGAAGAUGUCGAGAUUACAAGCCAGGCGACCACGUCAAGCGAAACAACACCUUCGAAUUGCUCCUCACCCUCUCAGGAUACCCAAGAUGGUGUCUCGCGCCUGCUCCCCGUCCUCGUCCACAUUCAAGGGCAGCAUGCACAAAAUGCGGGUAAACGUCUUGACCCGAUGGCUCUCCCCCACGUUCGCCUUGGACACGUCCAUGGACGCCAACUCCGCUCACCCGUUCAGCGGCACGGCCUUUCCACACGCUUGUGA